AUGGACAGCAAGGGUCGGCAAUCUUCCGCCGGCAAGUUCUUCGGACGACGCCUGCACAAAGACAAGGACAAGCACGCCAGCGACGCGAAGCACACCACCACCUCCUCGACCGACAGCCCCCCGGGCAGCUCUCAUGGCUCACUCUCGUCACGCCAUUCACACAGACACUCCAUCGGCGGCGCUUCGAUAGACCAGCGGCCCGUGUCCAUGACCGCCGAGGGCAUCUUCGCGCGAGCUGGCCCCGUAUCAUCCAUCGACCCCCCGCGCGACGACGCCUCCAAGACCGGCGAACCGCUGCCACACCAUCUCAACAAGGGCGGCGGCGACUUCCACCAGUACCCCGUCUUCAACGCCUCCCCAAUGCCCCAGAACGGCUACUCCAACCCCGGGCCGCCGCGCCCACCGCCGCACUCGCUCGGCACCACCAUCGCCUCGAGCAACCCCGGCGACCGCGGUGUGUCGAUGCAGCAGUGGGGUGCCCGUGGCAGCAGCAGAGACGGCAACUACUCCUACCAUGCCGGCACCGACUCGUCCAACAACACGCGCACCUCGUCGGACCAGGCGAGCAUCUACAGCAACGACUCCAAGACGCGCGGCAGCAACAUCUUCUACCCCCAGACCCCACCCCAGACAACCAUCUCCUCCAUAGGCCUCGAUGCCGGCAGUCUCCUCCCCACCGCCGUAUCUACGCCACGCGACUCGCACCGCCAUCUGCUGCACAUGAACUCCUCGUCGCCGUCCGCGUCGCAGACUUCGUUCAACCAAAAUACACUUAGCAUACAAAGACCGCCAGACCAUGUCGUGGAAAAAGAAUUCAUGAACCUCAUGGUGAAGCGAGGAUGGAAGAGCUUACCAGAGCAGGCGAGGCGGCAGAUGGAGGCCUACAAGAUCGACAAGAAGUGGACGCUCGUCUACCAGGACAAGCUUGCCGAGUUCAAGCACGAAGAAAAGAAGCGUCAGACGCAGCGGAUAACCUACGGCGGCCCCGGUGGAGGUGGCCAGGACAUCCUCAUGCGCGCAGAAGAGGAGGGCUCGCCCGAGUGGUAUGUCAAGAAGGUCAUGGACAACUCGAUAUCUAUAAAACAGAUGUCGAGUCUGGAGAUCAGUCUGAGAACGCAGCCUAUUGCUUGGGUCAGGGGCUUCAUCGAGGCGCAGGGUCAGAUUGCCCUUACGAAUGUAUUGGCCAAGAUCAACCGCAGAAAGGGAACGGGGCCUGCACCUCCGCCCAGCGUCAUGGCGCAAAAGGCGGAAAAUGACGUGGAACGCGAAUACGAAAUCAUCAAGUGCUUAAAGGCAUUGAUGAACAACAAGUACGGUGCCGACAACGCUCUCAACCAUCCGUCCAUCAUACAGGCGUUGUGUGGCUCUUUGAUUUCUUCGCGCCUCAACACACGAAAACUUGUCUCAGAUGUCUUGACCUUUUUGUGCCAUUGGGGUAACGGAAGUGGACAUGAGAAAGUACUGCAGGCACUUGACAACCUCAAAUCACAAUAUGGUGAAAGCAGUCGAUUCGAUGCAUGGAUGCGCAUCGUCGAAGUCACGGUCGAUGGCCGUGGUAAGAUGGGCUCCAUGGUUGGCGCUUCAGACGAAGUGCGUAGUGGAGGUAUCGGCGUAGAGAACCUCCUCAUGGAAUAUGCCAUUGCAACCCUCUUCCUGAUCAAUAUGGUUGUGGAUGCCCCUGAACGCGACCUGCAGCUCAGGAUGCAUGUACGAGCCCAGUUCACAGCAUGUGGCAUCAAGCGCAUCUUCAACAAGAUGGAAGGCUUCCAGUACGAUGUCAUCGACAAGCAGAUUGAGCACUACCUGGACAACGAAGCUGUUGACUAUGAGGAUUUCCUUCAGAAGGAGAACAGCUCCAUGAUCGACAGCGUUGAAGGCGAGACCAAGGAUCUCAACGACCCCGUUCAGAUAGCAGAUGCCAUCAUGAGCAAGAUUAAUGGCAGCCGCGCCCAAGACUACUUCACGUCGGCCAUGCAACACUUGCUACUGAUGCGCGACACUGAAAGCGAGGAUCGAUUGCGAAUGUUCCAAUUGGUCGACCAAAUGCUGAGCUACGUGGCUAUGGACCGCCGACUGCCAGACAUGGACCUCAAGCAAAGUCUGAAUUUCACUGUACAGUCUCUGCUUGACAAACUCUACACAGAUUCCGAGGCUCGACAGGUACGCGAUGAAGCAGUCGAAGCGCGACAGAUUGCAGACUCGGCCAUUGCGGAACGCGAUGAGAUGAAAGCGCAGCUAGAGCUGGGUGCAGAUGGCUUAGUUUCUAAGCUGCAGAAACAGCUAGCAGAGCAAGAACGUAUUAUCGAGCUCCGUGGAAGGCAGGUAGAGCAGAUGAAGUCAGAACUCGCAGAAAUGCAGAGAAUACGAGCUCAAGAACUGCAACGUAACGAACUCGAGACGCGUGAACUAUACUUGAUGCUUAGAGAUGCUCAAGAUGUCGCAGCGUCAGCAGCGAAGAAGUCCGGCAAAGAUGGACUCGGUGCCACGGAUCCUGCUCAAAUGCAGGGCAUCAUGGACCGCGAAAGGCUCAUGAACAGACUGGAGAUCCAACUGCAGCGAGCCAGGACACAGGCGACGCUCGAAGGCAAGACCCUACAGAUGCAGCCCAGUGAGAAGCUCCGCGAACUGCGAGAGAAGAUGGAGGGCGAUAUGCCUGGUAUGACUGAACAAGGCUAUGGCGGCCUCGAAUCGAGCUCCUUCGGAUCAGUCCGGGCCAAGAGUGGUGUCCCACGCAGAAAGCCCCUCCCUGGUCUUCCUGGUCAGAUUGGUGAGGAUACCGAGAUGUCAGAGAUGGAUGAUGAUGAUGUUGUCAUCGAGAAGCCCCGUCUCGUACAGAUGCACAAGCCAAAGCUCAGUUCUUCGACAGCCAAUGCUCUCAUGGCAGAUAUCACUUCGAACGUCAAGCGAUACGAUGACUCUGAUGCGGAAGGUGAUGGCGUUACUACAGGACCAUCACAUCCCAGCCUCGAAUCCGACUCACCAAAGACACCCGCUGAUGGUGAAGCACCCAAAGCCGCUGUACCUCCACCUCCACCCCCACCUCCACCCCCGCCUCCAGGCGCUCUUGGAUUUUCUGCCAACAUACCACCUCCGCCACCUAUGCCUGGAACUGCUGGUCCCCCGCCCCCGCCACCACCGCCGCCACCGCCUGGCAAACUUGGUUUCAAGCCUGGAAUUCCUGCUCCGCCCCCCAUGCCUGGAGAUGGCAGCAUGCCACCUCCGCCACCGCCGCCACCAAUGCCAGGUGCCAAACGUCCUGGAUUCAUGCCUAAAGCACCUGGGUUCGGCGCUGCACAACAGUUUGCUCUCUCUGGACCGCGGCCCAAGAAGAAGCUCAAGGCUCUUCAUUGGGACAAGGUCGACCAGCCCACUACCACUGUUUGGGCUACACGUGGUCUAACUUCGGAAGAAAAGGAGGAGAAGUACCAGGAGUUGGCUAGGAAGGGUGUACUAGAGGAAGUCGAGAAGCUGUUCUUGGCAAAGGAGAUCAAGGCGAUCGGCAAGAAAUCUGGCAAGAAGGAUGACAAGAAGCAGAUCAUCUCUCGUGACCUCAUGCACAACUUCCAGAUCAGCAUGGCCAAGUUCUCAUCGUACGGAGUUGAGGAUAUCGUAAGAAUGAUCAUCCACUGCGACACCAAGAUCCUGGACGACCCUGUCACUAUGGAGUUCCUGCAAAAGAACGACUUCUGCGACAUCCCUGACAAUACCGCCAAGCUCAUGGCACCAUACUCGAAGGACUGGACUGGACCUAAUGCUAGCGAAAGCAAACGCGAACAGGACCCGAACGAACUUACAAGAGAAGAUCAAAUAUAUCUUCUUACUGCUUACGAGCUGCACCAUUACUGGAAGAGCAGGAUGAGGGCGCUCGCGUUGACUCGUACGUACGAAACCGAGUACGAUGAGAUUUCGAACAAGCUGUUGGAAAUCUCAAGGGUUUCCGAGAGUCUGCGCGAUUCUUCAAGCUUGAUCAGUGUUCUCGGUCUCAUCUUGGACAUUGGUAACUUCAUGAACGACGCCAAUAAGCAAGCCAGUGGUUUCAAGCUCUCCACGCUAUCGCGUCUAGGUAUGCUCAAGGAUGACAGGAAUGAGUCCACAUUCGCCGACGUUGUCGAAAGAAUUGUGCGCAACCAAUACUCUGGAUGGGAAGGUUUCACCGACGAGAUUGGCGGCGUCAUAACAGCGCAGAAGAUCAACGUUGAGCAACUGCAGACCGAUGCCAAGAAGUACAUCGACAACAUCAAGAAUGUCCAGAUGUCGCUUGACUCUGGUAACUUGUCUGACCCAACCAAAUUCCAUCCAGAAGAUAAGGUUGCCAUUGUUGUGCAAAGGAACAUGAAGGAGGCCAGAAGGAAGGCGGAGCAGAUGCAGGUCUUCCUUGAGGAUAUGCAGAAGAGUUACGACGACAUCAUGGCGUUCUACGGCGAGGAUCCAACUGACGACAGUGCGAGGAGGGAUUUCUUUGCGAAGUUGGCCAACUUCGUUCAGGAAUGGAAGAAAUCCAAAGAGAAGAACACCACACUCGAAGAACAACACCGCCGCAACGAGAUUUCCAUGCGUCGCAAACAAGCACAGACUGCGAACCCUCUCUCACCCAAUGCCCUGUCUUCAGACUCCGACGCGCCCAAAUCUCCAGCUUCCACCGGCGCCAUGGACGACUUGCUCCAGAAGCUGCGUGCUGCAAAGCCCGAAGCAAGAGACCAACGCGAUCGCCGUCGUCGCGCUCGCUUAAAGGACAGGCACCAGGUACGCGUGGCUAGUGGCCAGAAGAUUCCGGAAAUUGGCGUCAACAUGGAGGACGGGGGAGAGGGUGCCGAAGGAGAAGAUGAGAAGGGCAAGCUGCUCAGCCCCGCAAGUGAGACUGCGGAGAGCGAGGCCAGUAGCACUGUUGGCCCUGCUGCUGGCGCUGUUGGUACCGCUGAAGCAGACAUCGCAGAUCGUGCAGCUGCCAUGUUGGAAGGUCUACAGUCAGGCACUGGCUUGAACAAAGACGGUUCGCUUUCCGUUAGGCGAAGAAGAGAGAGCGCCGACACUGAAAGACAACGGAGGAGGAAUCGACGCAAUCAAGCUACUUCGGCCAAGAGCGAAGACGGGGGCAUUCUAAGUCCCACGGCCAUACCCGAAGAAGGCGAUAGCAUCGUCGACCAAGAAGGCGAGGAGUCAAGGGAUCCGACAACACCAGUCACUGUCGUCCACCCACCAAGUCCAGAACAAAAGGGAAGGGACCUACCCACGCCACCGCCGGAGGAAGGUUAA